ACAUUAGCCGAAUCCAGUUUUGAAAGUUGAGAAAAUCAGGGCCGUUGAUUGGCUUAUGUAUUAGACAUUAUAUCAAUAUAAUAGCUCGGCGGCUUAAUUCUGUGGCAAUUUUUCUCUCGUAGAACAAGGUCCAAAAUAUACAAUCUGGCUAGAGAGAGGGCAGCGUCUCUUAUGCAUGUUUUGGUUUGGGUUCUCCUAGUUGGCAAAGAUUUUCUUUCACUCUGGCCGCUGCAAUAAAGUCAAACUCUUCUCGCACCUCGAAGAGGGUGUGGGGUAGUUCAACUAAAGGAGCGACUUUGGUUUGUUUUUUGAGAAAAUCGAGAUCAUCACACAUUUGGAGAUUGUGUCGUAUUUCUGAGGGUUUAUCAUUUGAUUAUGGCUAAGGCCAUCCCUGGCUGAGUCCCAGAUGCUUGAUGGUAGUUUAUCACUGUAUCAUAACAAAUUCAGGCUUCUGGAAAUUAUUGAAUGAAAUAAUCCAGUUUGUCAGUAAUAGGUUUUCAUAUAAGAUAAAGCAUGCCAAGUGUGGAUGUAGUUCCCUUCAGUUUAACAGCAACGGUUUAGGCGUUCAUAUAAGAUAAAGCAGGCCGAGUGUGGAUGUAGUUCCGUUCAAUUUAACCACAAUGGUUAGGUUUUCAUGUUUCAACGCUCCCAUUCAUAUCCACAAAUCAAAGAAAACUGUUCAACCUUCUGUGGAGAAAAUGUAUAAGACAUCGCAAGAUUUUUCUCAGAGUCAAGCCUCAAAGGAUUUACCUAAUCAUACCAGCUUAGACUCAUUGUCAUUGAAGGCUCAAGGAGACACUCGGACUGAUAAACAUUUUACAAGUGUGUCUUCUGUUGAGAGUGGAUUGAAAUCACUGGACAUGAAGAGCAAAUUUAGUGUUGAGAGCAACAUAGGGGUUAACCAGAGAGGGUACAUUAAGAAAAGUCAGUCUCUAGGAAGUAGACUGUUCCAGGAAGGCAGGGUGUCUGCAGGCAAUGACACCGAGGAUGAGACCGAUCUGGAGCUUUCUUGUGAGGGUUUCCAUGACCACAAGGGGUUGGCAGAGCCAGAUCCCAGCAAGGAUCAAGGACUGAGCCCACCAGAUGAGUAUCAAGAGAACCCCACCUUGGAGUCUUUCCGAUUAAGUCCUGACUGUGUCAAUUAUGAAUCAAUUUUCUCUAUUGGAGACCCACAACAUUCGGAGAAGGAAGGCCAUGGAAAUUCUGAUACUCCAUUAUCUGGCGAAUGUCCUGGUGAUUCUGGUGACCAUACACCUCGUACCCCACCCCUGAUUGUAAAAUCAUCUUCUUUGCCCAACAUUGGUGCCUCUACACCCACUUCUGGAAGGUGUUCACCUUUCAGACAUGUAGCACUGCAGUCAAGAUCUUCUGAGGAUCUACAUAUUUUAGACAUGAGGCGAAGAGAGAUAUCAGUUAAUGAAUCUGUAGGGCAGGCAACACAAGAGCAAGUAAAAAAUGAUGGCUUUGAUAAAGCUGAGAAAAAUACUUUAAAAAAUUCAGUUGAUUAUGGUUAUGAUUCCUAUAGUUAUUCUGGUUUAGCAAAAGAGUGGAUAAUGCCAGUUACAGACGAGGUAAAUCCAGUGAAAAACCUUCAAGGAGAAUCCUCAGUUCACUGGUGGGAUCAAUUGCCAAGCAAGGAUUUUAAGAUGAAGCGAAUUGCUGAGUGGGUUAAUGAUCUUCAACUUUGCAGCCCUCUGGAGGAAACAAAUGAAUCAUCGCAAUCUGAUGACCAAGUGAAGAGAGACCCCAAUAUCCUAAACAAUUUGACUGCUGCAAAGAUUGAUGGUAAGAUCACUCCUGGCAUGGAAGCUGCUAAAAAAUAUAUUUCUUCUUUGAGUGCCAUAACCACCACAGCUCAUCUGGCAAAUCAUGGAUUGGUUAUGAUCCCAUUUCUUUGUGCAUUUGCAAGCCUAAAAGUGCUCAAUCUCUCAGGAAAUGCCAUAGUGAAGAUAACUGCUGGUGCUCUUCCUCGAGGGCUUCAUAUGUUGAAUGUGUCAAAAAACAAUAUUUCAACUAUUGAAGGUUUGCGGGAACUUACUCGACUUCGUGUACUGGACCUGAGCUACAACCGAGUGCUCAGAAUUGGACACGGCCUAGCUUCUUGUUCCUCUCUAAAGGAGUUGUACUUGGCCGGAAAUAAAAUUAGUGAGGUCGAGGGUCUUCACCGCCUGUUAAAACUGAAUGUGCUCGAUCUGCGUUUCAACAAAAUCUCAACAGCCAAAUGUCUUGGCCAGCUUGCGGCCAACUACAAUUCCUUGCAAGCCAUCAGCUUGGAAGGAAACCCGGCCCAGAAAAAUGUUGGAGAUGAACAACUGAAGAAAUAUCUGCAAGGUCUUCUGCCACAUUUGGCUUACUUCAAUCGGUUGCCUCUCAAAGUCAGCAGUUUGAAGGAUGUCGCAGAACGGACAGUUCGGCUAGGCAUCAGUUCCCAUCAGGACCGUGUUGUUAGAUCAGAUCACAAGGCUGCAAGAAAAGUCAGCCAUGGUGUAGCCACCGCUCACAAGCCCUCGUCUUCAUCAACUCAUGCUCGCAAAAGUCAAGCAACAUUCUCACCAAAACGGUCCAAGGGCAGGCAUGGGCUCCUUCCCCCAAUGGGAACCAAAGCAACAACACAUAAUCGGCACCAUUAUUUUGACUCGAGUAACAAACUUCCCAACUUCAGGCCAGAUCUUUCUAUUCGCAGGAGUCAAAGUGAGGGAACUCUAGGAGCUCUCUGAGAUGUUUGGAUUUUACAAUAUGAUUCACAUGGUACUUGAGAUUUGGGUUUUUAUGUGUGUUUUAUUAAUCACUCCUGAUAUUUUAUAUUUCUCUCCCUUAUGAACAGACUGCCAUAUAAUAAGUUCAUUGUUUCAGAAUAA